AUGUCUGAAUCUGAAAUGGAUAUGGACUGUGAAAUAGAAUGCCUGGAUGAAGACGUAGAAAUUGUCCAGCAAUACGUCCUUAAAUUAGACGAUUCUAAAGAAUUCGUUAAAAUUAAAGAAGAACCUUUAGAGUCACCGUCACUUCUGGAAGAAAAACCUGACAAGAGCAUUAAAAAGAAAAUAAAGAAGGAGGAAGAAGAUUCCGAUUAUGAUCCGUCAGAAGAAUAUCGUCAACGUUUCAAAAGAAAAAUGCGACCAUCUCGUCCAAUUUUUAAGAGAGAAAAUGAAAGAACUUCGAAAUAUGAUUUGAAAAUUAGGCGACAAUUAGACAUAAGAAUUCCUGAUUACGAAGAUCCCUUAUGCUUGCCGGUUCGUGCGUGGAAUCGGGAGGACGGAGACCUUAAAAAGUUGAGAAAUUGGAACAAUUUGUGUCUGAAACAUAUGAAAAUGUAUGAAUUACCUUUGCGACCAGACACCAAGGAUGCUGUAUCAUCUACAAGAACGAUUGUUUUGAGGAACUUAAAUACCAGACAGACUGGAAAAGUAGAAACAACUAUGUGGAGCAAAAUAUCGGUAGAAAAUGAAGAUGGUAUGAAAAAAUCUGAAAUUGUGCAAGCCAUGCUUCCUAAAUACAGAGAAAAGAAGUUCUUAAAAUCAGUAGUGUUGGGCCCCAAACAAACGAAACCAGUUAAUUUCAGAGAAGAAGUAAUUCUGACCAAGGAGUUUGAUAAAGAUGAAGAAAUGCUAAUUACAUAUAAACCAAAAUCAGUUCUCUCGUGCACCUAUAAAAUGUUUGAAAAGGAAAGUGAAGGGUCUGAUGAUGACUCCAAGAAGUAUUUGCGUGAGUUAGUAGUCUGCAAAAUGUGUGCACCUUGCUAUCAGACAUCAUGGAGAGGGUCGAACAUAAAGUGCAGUAUAUGCGAUCGUGUCUGCGUCAGCGUAUAUAACCUGUUAUCUCACGUACGAUCUCACAGCACAGAAGAUGUGAAGGCGCAUAAGAAAGAAAUUUCGAAGUCACUCUCCGAGGUGCUUCAAUACCACUACGAGUGCCGAAUAUGUCCAGAGAGAUGCGACAGUAUUAAGGAUUUGAAGGCGCAUGUAAACACCCAUAAAGGUACUGUGCCGUUCGUCUGCGAGAUCGGUGACCACGUCGCUUCGUAG